AUGACCACGGUGAAGCUGAGCCGGAACGAGUCGACAAGUCUCAAACUCCACCACCUCCGCCGGGACGCCGUCGGUGGCACGCUCGGCGGCGAGUUUGUUGCAGCCCCACAGCGAGCAAGGCGUCGAGCCUUUUCGGUCUGGUCGGUCGGCCGCACUCACUGGGAGCAGAUCAAUUCUGCGAAGACUCAGACCAACAUCACGGCGCGCUUGCGGGUUGCAAGCCGAGCUGCAAAAGCAGCCAAGACGUCGUCAGAAGAUGGAAGUAAGCACGGUGGAAGCAAGCAUGGUGCAAACGCUUAUGCACCCGCCGCCGACGAGAAGGACGACGAGGGCAGUGCCGAGGCGACGGCAGCCACCGAUCUCCGUUCCAAGGAACGGAAACAUCCCUCGGGAGCGAAAUUUGCCUUCUCGCCGCUGUCCGUCUUCGGAGGUGUUUCUGCAACCGAGGCGCGCAGGCUGCGCAUCGCGCCUGAUCGUGUUGGCCUCGUCCACGCCCGCCUCUGCCGCAUGCUCACGGAGCGCCGCUUCAACGGCGGCCUCGCCGUCGACCCGCCUGUCUUUUCCCGUGUGUACCAGGCGCUUUCGGAGGGGAUGGUGGCCUUUGCGCAGGCGCGCAAGGUGGAGGACACCCCCUUCCCCUUCCCGUACGCGCAAAUGGUGGCAACGAUGCUUUUGCUGCUUAUUCCGAUUGUCCCUCUCGUGACCGUUGCCAAAGUCGGGCACUUUGAAGACGAAUGGGGGACUUCGGAGAUCGACCAGCUGGCUAAGAUCGAGGGGGCGUUCCCUUACUCGAUGUGGGUCUGCUCAAUGAUCCUCGGCCCAGCCCUCUCCUUCGUCACGAUCCUCUCCUACUUUGGGCUCAACGAGGUGGCGCGCGACAUGGAGGAGCCCUUCCUCUACCCGCCCAACGACCUGCCGUGCGCAACCUUUCAGGACGACUUCAAUAUGCGGCUCAUGUCCAUCCUGCAGGCAGUGUGCACUGGAGAGGGCCCCGCUGGCGAGCAGCUGUCCAUGGACGAGGACGACGCGGACACGGUUGCUACUGCGAGCGCCGUGGUGGACUUUGCUCGAGCGGCGGCGCAGCCACUUGCGUGGGGCGACUUUGCAGGCUCUGCGUCUGGCCGGAAGUCGUCAAAGACGGAGGUCAAACUGCCCAGGACCACAUCAGUGGGAGCGAUUCCCAGUACUGCUUCCGCCAUUUGGAGCUCCAUCACGCCGCGCAGCGGGGAGUCGCGUCUGACGACGGAGGAGUCGCUCGCCCGCGUUCAAAGAGCAUUCCGCCGCCGCAACAAAGCGAAGAAGGCCCGGCACUCCAACCGGGACCUCAUUCUUCACUAG